AGGUGGAGCCACGGAGGUAUCGGCAACGCUAGCCGUAGAUCUUUCCAACCAAAUGCGUUCCGAUUUCUCCGCUAGCAGUAGCUUUACCUUACGGAUGACACUGACCGUCCACAGCAAAUGCAUGCAAAACGACAAACGGACAUAUUCGCACGCACAUAUCCAUCUCCUUGAACAAAAAAUCCAGCAUCAAGCCAGGGCUCUUCAGAAAAUGUACCGCAUGCUGUGUGAGAGCAAUUGCUGGCCAGGACCUCCGCAAGUCGAAUCUGCUGUUCCAUCCGUCCAUUCAAUUCUUGUCACUUUGGGUGCUUUGAACGAACUGUCGAAUGAUGCGACGCCUUGGGAUUCAGAAGACGAUUCAGGAGCCACGCUAGAUGCACUGAGUAAUUCCUCGUCGGAUGUCUACUUCUUGCAAGACAUGUCCUCGGCGGUAGAUGAGACGGAAGCGGUCUAUUUCGAUAAUACAGAUCUACUGCGUGUGGAUUGCGAGCUGUCCCCGUUGCAGCAUGAUGAAUUCUGGGCAAGAUGGACCCCGGCUCCAUCAACAUCUGGCACGUUCAGUCCCACACGAUGUGACUCGGGCAUCUUCACCGCGGGCUAUGCGCCGACCAAUACGGCGCCACACGUCAGUCCGUUGCUGACAUAUCCAGACGUACCGGAAACACAGACUACCGCUCCGUCUACGUUGCAAGACUUGGACUCGGCUGGGGUUCUCCAUCUAGCUUGGCGAUAAUAUUGAAUCCUUUGCUAAAUUGAACACUAAGUAAGCGGCUCUCCAAAGAAGAUGGGCGCUCCUUGAGUAUUGGCUCCAGCUUUCGAACGCGAGAUGCGUUUGAUUCGUGAGACGCUGUCCCAGUAGAAAUGGCCGGACACCUCUUUAAACAAGUGAGAAUCUUUUCACGUAUCAAUCCUGGCCUUCAAAAAAGACACCACUUUCGAUAGGGUAGACGAGACCGACACCAAGGUACACGAGAGGUGGUCUUCUCAGUACGCCUGCAUACUAUUUUCUCCGCAGCGAUCGUAAUCUAAUUA